AUGUAUCACUAGCACCAUCUACGGCCACUUCCUAAAUUUAAUUUUACAUAGGCGGAGGGGCGAGAGCUGGAUAGCAAAUAUUACUGGUGGGAGACUUCGUGCUGAAGCACACGUAAAGGUCACCUUCAGUUUUAGUUGGACUCAAGACGCGAGAGCGGUAUCUGAUGUUCAGUCAGAGCGUUGUAAGUCUACAAGUAUAGGAAAUUUUAAAAUCAGACAAGAACUGUCUACAUUCUAAUCUUUAUUGGUAACUGGACAUAUAUUUGUUCGAUGACAAAGAACAUAACUUCCUAAAAGAUAAAAUUAAUUUUUGUACGGCAUGUGCCUCAGUUCCGAGCAUAACAGAAAAUAAUAUUGAUAAAAGUUCAAUAUUAUUUGAUAUUCAAAAGGAACCAAAAAUUCCUCUACAAGGAUAUACUUGGUAUCCUGCAGCAAAGAUGGCAGAAGAAGUAGCAGCACAGAGGUUCAUAAAACCUGGUAGUCAUAAAGGUAAAGGCCUUGCAGUCUUUACUAGUGGAGGUGACUCUCAAGGAAUGAAUGCAGCAGUUCGAGCAGUUGUUAGAAUGGGUAUUUACCUAGGUUGUAAAGUUUUUUUCAUCAAUGAAGGCUAUCAGGGUAUGGUGGAUGGUGGAAAUAAUAUUGUAGAAGCUAAUUGGUCAUCUGUCUCUUGUAUCAUUCAUAAAGGUGGUACAGUAAUAGGAUCUGCUCGUUGCAAAGACUUUAGGGAACGUGCUGGUCGUAGAAAAGCUGCAAAAAAUUUAGUAACUCGUGGAAUAGCUAACUUGGUUGUAAUAGGUGGUGAUGGUUCGCUUACUGGUGCAAAUUUAUUUAAAGAGGAAUGGUCAGAUCUAUUAAAAGAAUUAGCUGCAGCAGGUGAAAUUACUUCAGAACAAGCAGAAAAAUACCAACAUUUACAUAUUGCUGGUAUGGUAGGUUCUAUCGAUAAUGAUUUUUGUGGGACAGACAUGACUAUUGGUACCGAUUCAGCAUUACAUCGUAUUAUUGAGAGUAUUGAUGCUAUUGUUAGUACUGCAUAUUCUCAUCAAAGAACAUUCAUAAUGGAAGUUAUGGGUCGACAUUGCGGGUAUUUGGCAAUUGUGGGUGCUUUAGCAGCAGAGGCAGACUUUGUUUUCUGUCCGGAAUCACCGCCUCCUGUUGACUGGCCUGAUAAAUUAUGUAGAAAAUUGGAGCAGGAAAGACUCACAGGACAACGACUUAACAUUAUUAUUGUGGCAGAAGGCGCAAUAGAUAGAAACGGCCAACCAAUUACUGCUGAGAAGGUUCAUAAAGUUGUUGUAGACAAACUGCAACAAGACACAAGGAUUACAGUUCUUGGUCAUGUUCAAAGAGGUGGUAAUCCAUCAGCUUUCGAUAGAGUUCUGGGUUGUCGAAUGGGAGCAGAAGCAGUAAUGGCAUUGAUGGAAGCGACACCAGAUACUGAAGCAUGUGUUGUUACACUGGAUGGCAAUCAAGCUGUUAGAUUACCUCUUAUGGAGUGCGUUCGUCGUACUAAAGCAGUAGCACAAGCUAUGGCUGAUAAAAAUUGGGAACUUGCUGUUAAACUUCGCGGAAAGGGAUUUGCUCGUAAUUUGGAUACAUAUAAAAUGUUAACCCGUUUGAAAGCACCUGUAGAUCACGACCCUAGUAAGGAAAGUAAUGGCCCGAUAUUAAAAAAGCAAUUCACUUUAUGUGGACAACAACACUAUACGUUAGGUGUGAUGCAUAUUGGUUCACCUUCUUGUGGUAUGAAUGCUGCGGUGCGUUCUUUCGUUCGGAACUGUAUAUAUCGAGGUGAUAAGGUAUAUGGUAUUUGCGACGGAAUAAUGGGCCUUAUGGGUGGAAAAUUUAAAUUGAUGGAUUGGCCUUCUGUCACUGGUUGGGUAGCACAAGGUGGUGCUUAUUUAGGAACUAAACGUGCUCCACCCAAAGAGGAGCAGUUGCCUCAAAUUGCUCAGAGACUUAAAGAAUAUGGAAUUCAAGCUUUGCUCAUCAUAGGAGGGUUUGAGGGUUAUCAAACAGGACUUACCUUUUUCAAAGCUAGGGACAAGUAUGAAGAAUUUCGAAUUCCUAUUGCUAUGAUUCCAGCGACUAUUAGCAAUAACGUUCCAGGAACCGAGUUUUCAUUAGGUUGUGACACUGCUUUAAAUGAAAUUACAGAGAUCUGUGAUCGAAUUCGUCAAUCGGCGCAAGGUACAAAGCGUCGAGUAUUUAUUAUUGAAACUAUGGGUGGAUAUUGCGGUUAUUUAGCUACGGUCGCUGGAUUAGCCGGAGGUGCUGAUGCAGCAUAUAUUUUCGAAGAGAAGUUUAAUAUUAAAGACUUAAAUCAAGAUGUCAUUGCGAUGGCAGCAAAAAUGUCUGAAGGUGUACAGAGAGGUCUUAUUUUGAGAAAUGAAAAUGCUAACUUGAAUUAUAAUACAGAUUUUAUGCAGAGACUUUUUAGCGAAGAAGGAAAGGGUCUAUUUAGCUGUAGAAUGAACAUUAUUGGUCACAUGCAACAAGGUGGUUCACCGACUCCAUUUGAUCGCAAUUUGGGCACAAAAAUGGGGUCUAAGGCAGUUGAGUGGUUUAGCGAACAAUUAAAAAAAUAUAGUAACGAUGGCAGUAAGGUAACGGCGAUGGAUGCUGAUAGUGCAGUUAUGAUUGGUAUUGUGCGAAGACAGUAUAGAUUUACGCCGUUUACGGAACUUAUUGAAGUUACGGAUUUCGAACACCGCAUUCCGACAUAUCAGUGGUGGAUGAAAUUGCGGCCAUUACUCAAAGUUUUAGCAAAACAUGAGUCUACAUAUGAGGAAGAAGGACUUUAUAUCACUGUAGAAGAAAUGGAUCUUGAUAACGAUCCUCUUGUAUAAAUUACAUGUAUGUGAUGAAAGGUAAUGUUCCAUAAAUAUGCAGUGUUAAUUGUAGAUUUUGUUAAACAGUAUUGUAUGGCGUUAUAAUAAUUAUUUUCCGUUGUUAUUUGCGGGAGAAAAAAAAGUGGAACUUCAGAUACACAAUCGUAAAAUUUAAUAUUCUAUGAGAUUUAGUAUAGAUUAACUAUUUUGGCGAUUGACAUGAAAUCGCAAUGUGUACAUGCACAUAUGUAUACCUAUCAUUUAUAGAUUGGUUUACUCAAUAGCGAAAUGCGCUCUAAUAUAACUUAAUCUCCUUAAUGUGAAUUGUCUUAAUAAAUAGUAAAUUACUGCAUAUUAUUGACAUAAUCAAGAGUAUAGAUUAAUAUUUUGUUUAAAAAAUAGUGAAUUUAUAUAUUUUGAUUGCGGCUUAAAAUUCAGAAGUAGGAGGUACAAAAAUAGUACCUGAAACAUGAAGGUAAACUAUAUCUUAGUAAUAUAAAAGAAUGAAACAGGUAGUGUGACAUCGUAACGAGCAUUUUCAUUGAUGAGAAUAAAAAAUUACAUUCUUGUACUGAAUGUACAAGUAUUUACUGUCAUUGCCAUCGGAACGCGCGUGCGCGCGUACACACAUAUACAUACACCUGAAAAUAGAACAAAUGAAAAUAUAAGUACCUAUUAAUAUAAUGUAAAACAAUGUUGAAAUAUUAUAACAUAGUCAAGGAACAUACAAGAUAAUAUAAUUCUAUACGAAUAUGACGAUAAAAAUUAAUACAAUUAACGAUUUUAAUCUCUCAAUGCGACAUUCGAGUACAAUAGCUUCCAGUCUUAGAUUUUAUGAACAUUUUUAACACAUUUAGCAUCAGAUUUGUUAUCCUUGUCUAUUUAAAAUCUUGAUACCACUCACAAUAAUUAUAUUGCAAUCGUAUUAAUGUUAAAAAUGCAUGAAAUUUUUGACACUUAAUUUUUUCUUGUAGCUUUAACAGAAAUUCAUCAGUAUGGCAACGCUUUUAGAGGGUAUUAUAUUCUACCCUUUCCAAUACUGUUGGUUGCAAUGUGAACUAAGAAUCGAAUUACAGCUUUCAUGGCUACUUUACGAUCUUGCGAGUAAAUUUAGGCUAUAUUUGUGGUCUAUUAAGAUAUAAAAUUAAACGUAAUGUGGCAUCUUUCUUAAAUGAAAACUUAUCAUUUGGUUUAGCUUUACCUAUAGCUAUGAAAAGCUAUUUGAAGAAUAUACUUGUCUACCUCAAAAUAUAAUUUGCAACGACAAGCGAUACUUAGGGCAAACUAAAGACCUAAGUCUUACUGGUUGCAUAUAACAUUAAAAGGUUUUGCUAAGAUUUAAGGCUUGUGACCACAGAAAUAUUUAGAUUUAAUUCGUGUUAUUAUUAUACUCGUGUAUUAUCAUGUGUAUUCAUCUCGACAAGUCGUACAGAUAUUAAACUCGAAAUUGUUUUCUUGGAUGUAGAAAAAUACAAUUUCUACAAAAUUUUAGAAUCGUAAAUUUUUUUAAUGUUAACGAUCAUGGUAUUUAUUGAAUUUAUUUCUCUUUUAAAAAAAUUGAUAAGGUGAUGUUAAUUAAAGUUCGGUGAUACAAUCAAGAAACACAUAAAGAAGAUUUUCAAGGAACUGACUGACACGUCCAUUUAAUAUAAAAUACAAGUCGUGUUUCGAUUUAGAAUGUUGCAAUAUUAAAGAACGUCUACAUUUCUGACUACCAUUUUUAAAAUGUAAACACGUUCAUCUAAGUCAACAACAAUCAGAUCAGGAUAUGAAAUAUUUUUAUUUGAGAUACAGAACAACGUCUCACGAACAUAACAUAAAAUAAUCUAAUUUAUAUUUGUCACUGAAUCCUAAACUAGUUUAAUACAGCAAAAUGACGUGCAUAUUUUAGGGAGGAUUAUGCAUGUUGUUUAUUUAAAAUUGUUGUUGUAAAUGCAAAUGAUUUAGCAAAAUAUUGAGACAAUAGAUGUUGUUGACAAGCAUAUGAAAGAAAAGAUAUUAUUCAAUAUAAACGAAACUGUAUCUGUGAAGAUAACACUCUCAAAGGGUUAUAAUGAUUCUUGAAGAUAUCCUCUUUACAUUGCCUUCGCAUAUUACGUAUGAUUGUUAAAAAUAUAAACUUAUUAUGGCCUAAUCAAUGGAGGAUCUGCACUUCAAAUUUGAACAGUUAUCAAUACAAGAGCGGAUGAUCAAAAAAAUAUCGGAUAUAAAGGAAAUUGUAAAAAUGUAUAAGGAUAAACAAAAGUAAUAUAUUAUAAAGCAUGUGUAAAUAAAUACAUCGAUCCGCUUUUGUGUAUGAAAAUAGAACUGUUACAACACACACAGACACAAGAUGUAUUUUAUAUAACUUUAAGUAUAAAUUCCGAAUUUUGAUCGUAUAUCAUAUGUGUUCAUUUAAGUGCAUCAGAGCAGACAGAUUAUUGUUCCACUGCUAAGCAUGCUAAUACAAACAUAUAAUGUACAAAUACACAAGCGUUAAUAUCAUACCACUAUGAUUAACUAAUAAUAUAAUGAAAAUAUAACGUUGGAAGAGUAUUAUUUUUACGAUUACAGAGGUAUAUUUUCGACUCAUUGUUGAUCAAUGAAUUUUACAGUUUAUCUCUGGCAUAAUAUAUAUGAAACCUAGAAAUUAUUUUGUUUCAAUAUUGAAUUGUUAAAUAUGUAUUUUCUCUUUACCGUCACAUAACUAUUAACAUAUUUAUUUAUAGAUAAAUAUUUAAAGUGUCGCGAAAUAUUUGUGGUGAUUGCAUAGUUUUAACAAUAAAUGCAUAGGAAUAUGUAUAAGAAUAUUGUGACCACUAAAAAUGUACCUAAUACUAUUAAUAAAGUGUAUCUUAUAAUGUU